CGAUUGUUGCUUUAAAAGGUUCAGUGGAUUUACACCAACACGUUAUCGUCAAACGUACAUAAAGGUUGACGUCACUUAGUCCAAAGUGGCGCGUAAAACGGUAAAACGCCGUCUGGUCUCAAAGUCAAAAGUCAACACUUCAUACCAAAAUGAAAAUUUCGAACCAAAAUAGAGAACAGAGAAUCUUCUUAGUUCCCUCCAUAACACAGAGCCCUUUUUUCAAGUUUCAUGAUUUUAGAACAAUUCUCAAAAUCCCUCCACAAAAUGAAAACAUCAAAAAUCAAAUCUCAGAUCCGUCACUUCCAAAUCUGGUUCAAAGUCCCUCCUAUUCACAUUCUUCAUAUACCGUUCCUCCUUCUAUCCUCAAUCCACCUCUAUCUCUCUCUCUCUUUCUCCGACUCUUCUCUCUUCCUCUCUCUGCUACAUCAAUGGCCGCUUUUGAUUUAAAGCCUCAAAACGACAACAAAGAGAAUAUCCCACCUUCAAACAUGGCCACGAUAUCUGCCAAGCCUCUGGAUUCAUCUUCAUCCAUUGAUAAAGACAAAACCCAAAUCAGAAUAAGAAGAAAGAGAUCUAGGCAGCCACUUCGAGAUAUCACCAAUCUCUUUGUUUCGUCAUCAACAUUGUCCUCUUCGUUUGUGAUUCGUCACGUUCCCUCUUCGCCAUCACUAUCACUUGAUCCCAAAUGCAUGAAGAGAAGAUCUGGUGUUGUUGGUCUCAAGGCUGCUGCUACUUCUUCGACCUUCUCUUGUAAAAAAUUUAGAUGAUUUUCUUUUGUUUUUCGGAAAUUGUUGUUAAUCCUCUAGAUGGGUUCUUUUCCAUUUAUGAAAUCUGUAUCAGAAUUUGUAUUAUGGGGUAUUUUAUCAAUACCCUGUCACGCAUUCAUGUACCGACACAAAAUUUAUUUCCAUGAGUAUAC